AUGUGGCCGAAUGAAAACGUUGAUAAUGAUCAUGUAUUAAAAUGGAAACAAUGGCAUAGCUAUUAUAUAUUUAUUACAUUAAUUCCUGUUUUUUUACCAGUUUUUGCUGAAUCGAUUGAUGGUUUAAGUGAUUCUGAUAUGACAAUGGCAGAAGAAGCUCAAGUUUUAUUGGCAAACAUUUGUAUUUUCGGUAUGUUUCAAUUAGGAGUUUGUUUCUUACGUAACGCCGAAAAAAUAAAAAGAUUGGUCGAUAAUUUAGACCAAUUCAAAAAAUACUCGAAUUUAAAUAUGUUAAAAAUCGAUGGAGAUGCUAUUUUAUAUUCGAAAUUCUUUUUCGCUUACUCCAUUUUGGGGACGUUAAUUUAUACCUUUAUGCCUUUUAUAUUUGUGAAAUAUUGCGAAACUAACAAACCAAUACGAAUGCAAAAAUAUAACAUUCCUUGCGGUAUGAUCUUGCCGUAUCGGCUCCCGUUUCCAUUCGAUAAAUCACCUAUAUUUGAAAUCGUUGCCAUUUACACUGCAUAUUUGGCGAGCGUUACUACGAUAGUUAUUGUUACAAUAACCACGCUGGUUUGUAGUAUUAUAUCGCACGUUAUUGGACAUUUAAGAGAACUUAGACGACAUAUAUUAUCGAUUCAACCAGGAAAUGUACCUAAUAUCAAAAUUAAGGUAGAAAAAAUUAUUCAAUAUCACACGGCUAUAAUCGAAUACGUAAAUGAAGUUAACGAUGCGUUUGGAACACAACUUAUUGCGCAUAGGACACUAACAUCGUUUGUUAUAAGCAUUUUGGGGUUUGUUUUAAUAACCGUUGAUAAUUUUGGGGAAUGGUUAAGGUUUAGUAUGCAUUUAUUUGGAUGGUUGGUUUUAAUUUAUUUAGUGUGCCAUUAUGGACAAACUUUAAUCGAUGAAAGUUUGGGUGUUGCUGUUGAUGCAUAUCAUAUUGAGUGGCAUACAAAACCUGUUGUUGUACAAAAAUAUAUAAGAAUGAUAAUUAUGAGAGCUCAAAAACCUAUCGUUUUAAAAGCUCUUAAAGUUGAAACGUUUUCGGCCAACACUUUUGUCGGGAUAUUAAAAGCUGCUUAUACAGUUUUUACUUUAUUAUUAAAUGUUAGAAAAUAAAAUAAGUUAUAACGUAACGUAAACUCUAACUUUCGCCACUUUUGAUUAUUGAAAUCUCUGGGGGAAACCCCCCAAAAAAUUUACAUUUCAAAUGCGAGAACGAGCUGAAUACAAAUUUGUGGCCCCAAUUUUUAUUGAUACGAUGUUUGUUACCAAGUUUUUCCCCUCAAUUCAACAACUUAUCAUUUCGUAUCAAAAGUUACGUAAUAUAACCACUUAAUCGACAUGUUUAUUUUACCUUUUUUUUGCUUUUUAAGUGAGUGUAUAAAGGCACAAAUUGCGUUAGAUUCCAAACUAGUUGCAUCAUCAAAAUGAAACUUUUCGGUGUUCUUUUCGUUGUUGGUCUUUUCCAAAUUAGCUUAGCUAAGCCUCCUCAAAAUGGAACGAGACAAUGUAGCGCACCUUUAGGAGCGAUUACGAAUUUAAUGAUUCGAGUUACUUCAACUGAUAUGAGCGUGUCUUAUUCUGCCCCAAAUGGAUAUGAAGGAUGUAAUUUGGAUUAUAAGAUCCAGUAUUGGAAUGGUGUUAAUCUUGCAACGUAUCAAGAGACGACCACUAAAAAUUUGUACGAAUCUUAUAAUUAUUUUAACGAACACGUUCUUUGUAAAUUAGUAAACAUCGAUAUAACACCAUAUUAUGGAACAUCACAAGGAGAAACUCAUCAAAGUAAUCAAUUUACAGAUAAAUUUGAUGAUCUUAUUGAUAUAGGACCUGUUAGAAACCUUCGUUUACAAUCAACAAACGUUUUACAAAUUAGAUGGUGGACUCCUAUUGAUUACGAAACUUGCAGUGUUAUUUUUAAUGUAGAAAUAACCGAUGCUAAUACCGGGAAUGUUUUAAAUAGUGAUAUAGUUCAAGGUUAUGAGUAUAAAUAUGAUUAUGUAGCAAAUAAUGCUAACUGCAAGACUGUUAUCGUACGAGUUGAAUCGUUAUUCAGAGGUGUUAGUGGAGGAUCUGCUUCUUCACAAAUUAAACUUGCCUGUUAAUAAAUUGAUAAUAAAGUUUAUUUAGUACUUGAAA